UGCCAGGCUCAUGUCAAAGCCAACAAGCGCGCGGACAAGCACUUCUACGUCACCAGCGUUUGCUACGAUCACCAAAACUGCGCGGGAGGCACGAAGAAACGAGCGUGGCCAUGGCUGCGGAAGGCGCGGUGGUCGUUCGCGGCAACCCCAAGGUCUCUGCUCCUGCGCUCGCGAAGACGCUGAAGGGCGCCCACGGGGUGGACAUGGCGACGUGGGCAGCGGGCCGUGUCAAGCGCGGCGUGACCAACGGUCAGGAGGACACGAAGAAGGAGGGAAUCCAGCGGCUCGCCAGCUUCUUGGACCUGAUUGCGACCGACAGCCCAGGGACGAUCACGGACUGCAAGGUGGGUGUUGGUGUGUAGAUGGUGCUGCUUCGGUGUAGACCCUUGUGCACCGUGCUCUUUUUGUUUUGUGGCG